UCCAUAAUGCUUCACAGUCCCUCAGCUACAGCCAUAACAAAUUCAAUUUCGGUUAUAACAAACUUCACCCUCUCCUCCUCAAUAACUACCUGUCACUGGGCGUUCAAUUUCAGUUAUAACAAAUCUCAUCUACCUCUCCUCCGUAACAACCUCCCGAUCGCAUCGACUGUUCUCGGAACAAAAAUCAGCCUCCGUCGCAAUGCAAGAGAUGCUGUCCUCAAUUGCUCCGGCGCCGACGUCAUCAUCGUCGGCGCCGGCGUCGCUGGUUCUGCUCUGGCCCACACCCUCGCUAAGGAUGGAAGGUGUGUCCAUGUUAUUGAGAGAGACUUGAGAGAGCCAGACAGAAUCGUUGGUGAACUUCUCCAGCCAGGAGGAUACCUGAAGCUAAUUGAAUUAGGGUUACAAGACUGCGUGGAGCAAAUUGAUGCACAAAAGGUUCUAGGAUACGUUCUUUUCAAGGAUAGGAAAAAUAUUAAGCUGCCUUAUCCCUUGAAAAAGUUUCAUGCUGAUGUGGCUGGUAGGAGCUUUCGUAAUGGACGGUUUAUACAGAGGAUGAGAGAAAAAGUUGCUGCUCUCCCCAAUGUACGAAUGGAGCAAGGCACUGUUACAUCUCUUCUUGAACGAGAUAAUAAAACCAUUAUAGGGGUUCAGUACAAAUCUAAAGAUGGCAAAGAGCUUAAAGCUUAUGCUCCCCUCACAAUUGUUUGUAAUGGCUGUUUCUCAAAUCUGCGUCACUCUCUCUGCCACCGCAAGGUAGAAGUACCCUCUUAUUUCGUGGGUUUAGUCCUGGAGAAUUGUCAACUCCCAUUUGAAAAUCAUGGGCAUGUUAUUAUGGCAGAUCCUUCCCCUAUCUUAUUUUAUGCUAUCAGCAGCUCUGAGGUUCGCUGCUUAGUUGAUAUACCUGGUCAAAAAGUUCCUCCCAUAGGUAAUGGUGAAAUGGCCAACUACCUGAAGACUGUGGUAGCUCCACAGAUUCCACCUGAGCUUCAUGAUGCUUUCGUAUAUGCAAUUAAUAGAGGAAAUAUUAGAAUCAUGCCUAAUGGUUGCAUGCCAGCUGAUCCUUAUCCUACUCCUGGAGCUCUGUUAAUGGGUGAUGCUUUCAACAUGCGUCACCCUUUGACUGGUGGAGGAAUGACAGUGGCACUCUCUGAUAUUGUUGUGCUGCGGGAUCUUCUCAAGCCGCUUUCUGACCUAAAUGAUGCAGUCUCACUAUGCAGAUAUCUUGAAUCUUUUUACACCUUGCGCAAGCCUGUGGCAUCUACUAUAAAUACUUUGGCGGGUGCCCUAUACAAGGUCUUUUCUGUUUCACCUGAUCAAGCCAGAAAGGAACUGCGCCAAGCUUGUUUUGACUACUUGAGCCUUGGAACUAUUUUUUCAUCUGGACCAAUGGGUUUACUCUCUGGUCUAAACCCUCGCCCACUGAGUUUAGUUCUCCAUUUCUUUGCUGUUGCAAUCUAUGGAGUUGGCCGUUUGCUCUUACCUUUUCCUUCAUUUAAACGCAUGUGGAUUGGAGCUAGAUUAAUGUUGUGUGCAUCAGGCAUAAUAUUUCCCAUCAUCAAGGCUGAAGGAGUAAGGCAAAUGCUUUUCCCCGCAACCUUACCAUCUUUUUAUAGAACUCCUUCUAGGUGAUGCAUUGAGGAGGAGUCGGUGAACGCCUACAUUGCUUCUUCCUCUACUAAGCGUUUUUCAGUUGUUUUCUGUCUACAAAUUAAGAGAAAGAUCGAUGGGCGUUAAGGAUAUUGUGUUAAGCCACCAAGAGUGAAUUAGAGAUGAGCAGUGUGGGAUAAUGUGUGAAAUAUCAUUGGUCAAACUUCUGUCAUUAUUGUAAUGAUGUUUUCGGUCAAGUUCUUUCAAUUUUAUUUUAGGGAAAACACCCUUAAUCUUUCUAUCUAGAUGUACACAUAGUUAGAUAUGAUCAUUAUGAAUGAAGCUGGGAUAUUUACCAAAUGGA